AUAAAUUGAAACCGACCCAGUACUAUACGCAUAAAUAGCCUCUUAAUUGGUGAAGCGUUUCAGGUGGUAACAUGCCCUGUCAAGAAACAUUGUCUAAAUGUGAUCUGUAACUGCAUACAACGAAACACUCCUCAAGCUGAAAUGUGGCGCCGUCGGAAGUUCAACUUUUAGUCGGAAUUUUUUAAAAAAAAUCUUAACCCAGUGACCCAAUUUAAUUGAGAAAGAUGACAACGGCGAUGUGACAUGAAUGGAAAACUGUCUGAAAGUUGUGGUACUGGGUGGGGAUUCUGUGGGGAAAACCAGUCUCAUUCUGGUGAAAACUAAGCACAAAUAUCCAUACAGGAGAGUUCCACGAUUGGCAGAUCCAACAAUUGUCCGGACACGGAUUGACGGGAAAUCCUACACCUUCUCUGUUUGGGACACGGAAAAGAUAGAACGCUGUGAACAGCUCCAUUCCACCAUCCCCAGCCACACCACAGACGUGUUUAUGCUGUGCUUCGCCGUGGACAACCGGCAAUCUUUCAACACAUUGACUCAUAAAUGGCUUCCACAACUCAAAGCCAGCUUUCCGUUUGUGCCGACGGUCCUAGUGGCCUGUAAAAUAGAUCUUCGGUAUUACCCCUCUGUUUCGACAACAGCUAACCACGUGACGUUUGAGGAAGGAAACGCAGUUGCUGAGCAACAUGGCUGUCUAUAUUGUGAGACGAGCGCCCUCUCGACAGAGGGAGUUACAGAGUGCUUCAAGUUAGCAGUCCGAUAUGCCGAUCUGAACUUGGACAAAAGAGAAAAUUCGGCGCCGAUUUGUCCUUGCGUGCCCAGCAGGUCCCGAUCAUACAUGCACAUACAAAUGGUCAAACCUGCAGAUAUUCCUCCAGAGUUUGAAAUUGAAUCAUCCACAUUUUCUGAAAAUUGGCUAGAUGCUUUCAAAGAUGGCAGUCAUUUUGACGUCACAUUUCUUCUGCAAGAACAGCAGCUGAUGGCGCACCAAGUUGUUCUCUGUUCAGCAUCGGGAUUUUUCUGUCGACUAUUUCAGACAGAAAAGGUAUUUACCAGUAUACCCUCACCAGUAGUCUCGUUCACCGGAGAUCGGGAAUCCAGACAUACUACAAUCCAGAUUGAUAGCUCCAUAUCGCCGGAAGUGUUCAAAAUUUUCAUUGAAUUUCUCUACACUGGUUCUGUGUCUCAACUCAACAAGGAACAGCAAGGACGUGAGAUAGCAAUGGACCUGAUCAAUGUUGCCAGGAUGUUUGAAUUGACUGACUUGAAAUCUGUUUGUGAAAACAUUUUGAAUGAAAGAGACUUUCUCAAUCCAAGUCUCGGCAGUGCUGUUUGUGACAAGACUGGACAGAGAAUGAGAGAUUUAUUUUUUAACUGUGUAGAUACUGCUGAUGUUGUGUUUAUCUUAAAGGGUAAAAGACUGUAUGCCAAUAAAGUAAUACUUUCUACUAGAUGUGAAGUUAUGAGAAGAAUGUUUUCAGGGAACUUUAAAGAAUCGAAACCUGACCUGACGGAAAUAGAAAUCCCAAAUUUUACCCCGGAGAGUUUUCUCUCGUUUUUGGAGUACAUGUACUCUGACCAUGCUAAUUUUGAGAACGUUGACGUGUUUGAGGUGUUGAAACUAGCUGACAUGUACUGUCAGAAACGGCUGCUAUCAAUGUGCGAGUACUGCAUAGCGAGGAAAGCUCAGGGGUGGACCCUUAAGAAGAGGGCGGAUCUAGUAUUUCAGAUCUUACUCGGUAUUCAGCCAUUCAACACCGCAAAUUUAGUGAAUUGGUGCCUGUUUGAACUCUCAAGGAACGUGGACAAAUUAAAGAAUCAUAAAGACUACUGCAAACUCACAGAAGAAAACAGAAGAAUUGUGGAAGCUCGGGGAUCAUUACAUGGUCACAGAGGUCAGAGUUCAACAUUCGACCCAAAUGCAGCUUACAGAAGGACAUGUGUGAUUAUUUGAAUAGUGAGCACAUUCCGACCUGUGUCCAGUGUCAGUAGUAUACGAAUCUCGUAUAUAAGGCAGCCCAUUAAUCCAUGAAUGUAAACUUGCGUCAUAAGUUAUGUAUAUUUAAUAUAAAAACCGAUUUGGAAAACCAUGAUAUUCAGGAAUAAAUUUAUUUUUAUUAUC